AAAACAUAAGAUACCAUUUUUAUCAUUUUCUCAUCUUUCUUUUACUAACACUCCCUCUUAGCUGAGAUUUGUCUCGUUUGAUGGCCGCCGGCGAAGCUGUUCGUCGACGUCCGGUAAAACGGUCAGUUUCUUUUGUUGUUUCUAACUGUGUAUUUAUCUUUGUUAAUCUAUUUUGCUUAUAUCUCGUGUUCGAAAGCUUAGAACUGUAACUUCGCCAAAGUGAAAGAAGACUAAUUCCUGUUUGGCCAUAGAUUUGAUGUUGAUACUUGAAAUUUGAAUUUUUGAAGUUAUGAUUUCUGGAAUUUGAAGCUGUGUUUGGACAUUGGACAUGCAUUUUACUCCGAUUUUUGAGGUUUUGUGAUUGGAAGUCCCAAAAACUAUUUGAAGAUCAAAUUUUGAAAAUCUGAUCAAAAUUCAUGAUCAAACGGAUAUUUGAAGUAAACGGUGAAGCCAAUUGACUAUUUGUGUAAAAGUGAUAAACUGAAAUUCCUGCCAAAACUCUCUUUACAAAUAUGUCUGAUUGGUCGGACCUUCAACAGGAUCUACUGGUUCUAAUAGUUAAACGUAUAAAUUUGAUUGAAGACUUCCUAAAUUUUGGCAUUGUAUGCAAAUCCUGGCGUUCUGUGGUCACCAAGGAGAAUUUUAACAGUAACUUGUGUAGGGUUCCAUGGCUAAUGUUAGCUGAGGAAGAGGAUGAUAAAACAUGUAGGAAAUUCUUUAGUCUCUAUAAUGGCCUGAUUUUGAAGAAGAGAAUUCCUACAGCAAGUGGAAAACGAUGUAUGGAGUCUUUGGGAUGGCUUAUCACAGUUGGAAAAGAUGAGGGUGAAAUUAGUCUGUUACAUCCCUUCUCGGGUGUUCAAAUUCAAUUGCCGCAUCAAAUUACCACCGACCAUUAUGAAUUCAACCAGACUCCUGUUCCAUGGACCUUUGUCCAGAAAGCAAUUCUGUCAGCCAAUCCUUCUCAUACAUCUGACUAUGUUCUCAUGAUCAUUGAGGGACACUACCAGUUCCUCAGUUUUUGGAGACCAGGAGAUUUUUUAUGGACCAGGAUUAAGAAACCGGUCUAUUUCCUACAUAAUAGUGAUGUGGUAUAUUUCAACGGCCACUUUUAUGCAGUCAGUUAUAGUGGCUGCGUCCAAGUUUGUGAUGUCGUUGACUCUGAACCCACUAAAAGUCUUACCGUAGCACAGCUACCAUCAUGCAUUGAUGGUAAGUAUUACAUCCUAGAAUCACUAGGAUCAUUAUUUGUAGUUUCACAAAAUGGUGUUGAUUUAAGGUACGUCAAAGAUGAUCGCGAAAGAGUUCCAACAUAUGAAGAUGAGGAGGAGGAGGAGGAGAAGAUGUACAUGUAUAAGACAAGAAAUUUUCAAGUUUUCCAGAUCGAUUUAGAUGCUUGCAAAACUACGCCAACCAGGGAUUUAGGGGACCAAGCUUUUUUUCUGGGUGCUAAUGCUUCUCUUUCAGUCCAAGCUUCUCAAUUUCCGGGAAUCAAGCCCAAUCAUAUUUAUUUUACAGACAACUGUUUGGGUGCCUACCUCCACUUUGAAGAAGGAGGUGGCUUGGAUAUGGGGGUGUUCAACUUAGCAGAUGGCAGUAUCCAGCCGCAUUAUGCUGGUGUUUCCCUCAGUCGUGUUUGUCCUCCAAUUUGGGUCACACCAAAUCCAUGUUGAGUAUCCAUUGAUCCAUUGAAGAUAUUCAGAUGAUUUUUGAGAAUCUUGCCCAGAAGCCCGUGCAUAUGACUCAAGUUAUUUUGGAUGUUUUCAAAAAAGUAGCUUUGCAGCUACACAUUUAAAGCAUGUUGUAUUUUAACUGCUUGUUAAUGUGGCUCUACUACUAUCCAACUUUAGCUUAUUGUGUAAAACACACAAGGGUGAGGGUCUUUCGGAAAUCGCCUCUUUAUCUCUACGAGGUAGGAUAAGGUCUGCAUACACUUUAUCAUCCCCAAACUCCACCUGUGGAAUUACAAUGUAGUGGUGGUGUUAAAAUGCACAGGGUCGUUAUCGAGCUAGACGAUAGUAGUCUUUUUUACUCUUUGGAGUGGGUAUUAGAGUUCCCUAUUGCUCUUACAAAGUUAUUGUUGCGCAUUUACUUGGAAUGAAUUCUUUAAGGCUGCCACAAUGCUAAUGUGACACCUAAAAUAGUUCAUUGCUGAUAUUAUUUAUUUAAAUGAA